AUGGAUUCAAGUGGUGAGGCGCCAGACAGACUCUCAAGUCUACCGAACGUGCUUCUGGUGAUGAUAAUAUCAUCACUGUCCUUCAAGGAGUGUGUAAGUACUUCUUCCAUCUCCAGGCGUUUUAGAAAUCUUUAUCGCGAGACUACCAACAUUUCGUUCAAGGAGUCUGAGUUCGUGACUCAUCGUGCUUUCUCUGGUCUACCCAGAAUGGUCGCUAGGAUUUUGUUUGUUCGCUAUAUGCAUGAAUGGGUCUCCAGGAUGCCCGAUCAUGUUAUCCAAAGUUUCGAGAUUCAUCUCCCUUGUCCAUUUGGCUUCGGGGCUGAGAUCGCUUCCUUGAUAGCAUUCGCCGUCUCAAGACAAGUCAAGAAGUUAGUACUUGACUUUUCAAAUCCAGCGUGGAGAUCUUUUCAUGAUGCACGAAGGCUUCCUCUUCUUGUUCACCUCCCGGCCUGCGUGUACAGUCUAAAGACUCUCGAGUCGUUGAAGCUUUAUGCAUGCGGGUUUGACCCCUCAAGAUUCCAAUACCCGGAGAUGUUGAGAAGUCUCCAUAUUGGUUGUGUGAGACUCAUAAACUUCGAACCUUUGCUAAGGAGGUGUUCUAAGCUUGACAUUCUAAGCAUCAGUCACUGUUGGGGGCUUGAUCUCAUGAACAUAGCCGGGGACAUGAGAGAGUUUGCCUUUAACAACUGCGACUUCCCUUUCAUUGCUUGUUUCUUCAACCUGCCUAAAGUAGACGUCUUCAAGUACGCGGGAGACAUCAAUUGCCUUGAGUUUGAUAGGAUGAAUGCGAUCAUCAAAGAAGUUCACUUGGAUUUUGGAUUACUGGGUGGAUAUGAUGGAUGGAACAAAGAGACUGUAGCAGAAGGAGGAAUGGUUUGUGAUCUCCUUAACAAGCUUCGAGAUGCUAGGACCUUAACCGUCUGCCCUUACCUCAUUCAGGUGAUUCAAGAAUCUGAGCAUCCAGAGCAUUUCCUUUGUCCUAUGAAAACACAACAUUUGGUGUUGAAUACAAAGUUGCAUCCAAGAGAGUUCAAUGGAAUUAGCCUCCUUCUCCAUAAUUCCCCGGACUUGGAAAAAGUCACUUUCGAUAUGAUUUCUCCAAGCCCUUACCCGUUUACUACUUCGACAUAUGGUGGCAUCGAUUCACGAACAUAUUGGCUUAAGGACACAACAUACGAGUGUCUGAAGACGCUUAAAGUGGUGGUGGUUAGGAACUUUUGUGGUGGCUCGAACGAGCUAGAUGUGCUGAUGUUUUUUAUUCGGUCUGGACGUGGGAGUGGGUCUGAUCGUGAACGUGGGGAUGUGUUGGAAUUGAUUGAGAUUUACUUGCCGAAUGAGUUGGACAAAACUCGACUGAAGUCGUUACGUUUCCGAGCUGAGAGAGUGCAGCACAUUGCGCGGCCUAUACAGGUUCUUGUGCAUGAUCCUUGA